UCCACCCCCCCCCAAAAAAACUCCUCCUCUUCCUCCGUUUUCUGUUCCUGUUCGACGACUUCACCUGGACGACAACAUCUGGACCUCGUUAGCCGCCUAGCUUAGCCUAGCAUUAGCUACCGCCAUGUGUGAGUGGCCCAAGAUCUACGCGUUUCUGGCCGCCCCGCGGCCCUCGACUUGUGACGGCGGCUUGCAGAGGGUGCGGCCCCCGCCCCGCUGGAGACGACUGAAGCUCACCUGGCGGGAAGGCCACCUCAUCCCUGCAACCGACGAAGAUGGCGGCACACAGGAGGAUGAAAGCGCACCCAAGGAUUCUACGGCCUCAACCAGUCAUCAGAACGCCGGGCGGUCGCGCCGCCCAGAAGACCAGCGAGCAUCCCACCAUGGCGAGGUCUCGCAUUUGCCAGUUGAUCAGCCUGAAGCGCAGCUGUCCCUCUUCAGCCGGUACCUCUCCACUUGGACCCUGAGCCAAGCCUUAUUCCUCAGAGGCGUCCAAUCGUCACGCUGCGCUACCGAACCCGAACGCACUCAAACGUCAGCGGCCCACGCGCCUGGCACACCGGAGCUCUUCAGUCCAGCCUCCGGCUCGCCUCGAGGGGAUGAUGAGCUCCCUGGUGCGAUGAGGCGCUCUCCCGAAGGUCCAGGCGGGCCCGUUAGUCUGGCCCGGGUGGAGCGAGGAGGUGUGGUCCUGGAGGCCACCUCGAAUGGCGUACUGUGCUCGCAGGAGGCCGAGCGUCCCGUUUCAGCUUCCGCUUUCAAAAGAGCUCGUCUCGGCGAGGCGUCCGCUGCCAAAGGCUUUCCGGCUACCACAACGCUUCUGGCCCGAUGUGCCGAUGCGGCGGCUCGUUAUCGGGUUCUGGUUGCCGUGGUUCAUCCCUCUCAACUGAAGGAAAUCAAGGUGAAGCGCGGCGCGUCUGCGGGCUCCCUGCUGCCCCUGGCCAGCCUGGUGGUGACGGACCAAUCGGCCGUGGACAUGACGGUGCUGCUGUGGCGGCGGGCGGCGUUCUGGGCGGCGGCCGUCGGUGUCGGAGAUGUCCUCUUCAUCACAGACCUGCAGCUGAGGGAGGACACCUGGAGGGGAGAGACCAUACUGGAGUCCACCUUCAGCAGCAAACUGCUCAACUUGGGUCACAUCAGUGACCCCAGCUGCCCCGCAGGUGGCCAGCAUGUCAAUGCUAGCUCCGUCUCUUCUCUCUCCGACUUUCUCCGAGAGCGGCGCCCUCUGCUGCUGUCCGUGCCGCGACGCCCCCCCCAGGACAUGAAGCGUCUGCCGUACGCCCCCCUGUGGCCACGCGCAGUCAACACGCUGUUCCACGCCUUGCUGCGUGUCAGCCACGCAUACGUCAGUGCGGAGUGGCGAGCGGAGGCGGAGUCUUGCCGCAGGUCAGCUCUGGAGCGUCACGCGGUGGCGAGCGUGAUGGGGGCUGACGGUCAGAAGGGGGCGCUGCUGCUGUGGGGUUCAGCUCUGGACUGGCUUCCGAGCUUCAGGAAGCACCGAGAUGCCGUCUGGGAUAUUCGCUUCCUCCUGGUCAGGGAGGCUCCAGACUCUGAUCUCCCCGAGCUUCACACGACCCCCUGGAGCGACGUCCGGCGAGUGGACGCCGCCGACCCGCGGCUCGGCCGUUUUUUGUGCGCGACCGGUGGCGGCGUGGAGAUGGACGUGGACACGCUGCUCUCACAGCAAUACUCAGGGGAGGCGCUACUCAAGGUGCAGGCGCUAGCUUUCCGCUUCCAGCCUUCCCACGACGCGCCGCGGCCCGUCUUGGACAGCUCCGCGCCGCUUUCCGCGUUCCUGGCGGCGCUGAGCGGCGACGUGACGUAUUCGGGCUGCGGCCGCUGCGCUGCCGAGCUUGACGUCGACGACAAUGGAAUUUACCUUCCUUGCUACCCUUGUCUGCCUACCCGCGCCGUGCGGCGAUACUACAGGCCGGCCGUGUUGACGGUGAGCGGGGGGGGCUCCGCGCAGGUGUGCGUUCAGCUGCCCGCCGUCGCCGUGCAGAAGAUUCUGGACGUGCCGCCCGACGGGCUACUCCGAAACGCAGCUGCGGGCUCCGACGUCAAACAAGUCCAGGUGGCGGCGGAGAGGCUCCACGCGCUCUUGAGCCUUCCCAGAAAAGACGUGCUCAUAACCGUGCGCAGCCUUUUCCUGUGUGAUGAGAACAGCGCCCCCAUCAGUCGGGAGUUAACGCUGCUCGACCUCCACUUUGCCUCCGACACGUGAAGAACGCCCGGCACGCACGGCUCAGUCAGGUCAGCUCACGUCUUUUGUGAAGGAUCACUCUGUUGUCCCAGCAACGGAUUAUGAUUCACACGGGCUUGGACACGAUUCUUUUCGAUGCUUGAGUGUCAGAGUGACUCAAAGAACUCACACGGCCUUUGUGUCCUUGAGCAAGAGUCAGUGUGAAACGCUUUGAGUGCCUUGUCGCUGGAAAAACGCAAUCCGAGCGAAAGACGCUCAAACAAACUUUUUUUUUUAAAAAAUCAAUUUUCUGACCCACUUAUCCUCACACGGGUUGCAAGGCAUGCUGGAGCCUAUCCCAGCUGUCUUCGGGCAGUAGGCUGGGGACACCCUGAACCGGUUGCCAGCCAAUCGCAGGGCACACAUAGACGAACACCCAUCCGCGCUCACACUCGCACCAAGGGACAAUUUUAAAGUGCUCAAUCAGCCUGCCACGCAUGUUUUUUGGAUUGUGGGAGGAAACCAGAGUACCCGGAGAAAAGCCACGCAGGAACGGGGAGAACUUGCAAGCUCCACACAGGAAAGCCGCAAUGGAAUACUUCAAUACUCCCCAAUUCGACAUGGAUUGAGCACACCCUUUUAUCAAUUCACCUCCUGGCCAGUGGGUGGCGCUUUGCUUAUGAUUGGCAUUGUAUGGACAGAAGCCCCCCCCCCUCCCGAAACCCGCCAAAAUGGCAAUGGAAACGACCAACCAUGACGUGAAGCCUGCACGGUUGACAUUGGCUCCUUUUUGGAUUCGGGUGGAAAAUUCCGCAAGACAGGAAAUGGACAAAAGCAAGUUCUCGUGGAAUUUUUAAUAUUCAUCACAAAUUCCAAGAGGAAGCAAAUAUGAAGUGAACAUGCAUUAGGACUUUUUCAGCUGUGAUGCAGAACUGCCACGUCUACGUUUACACUCCAUCUGCACAGACGGAUGAUUGCUUUGCAAAAAAAAAAAAAAAAAAAAACGGCCACGAAAAUAAA